CUGAACCGGUCGGCCUGACGCCUGACCCCGCUCAAAUCUUGAUCAACCUACAAUAACAUAGGAAAUAUGCGGGUAAUUAGUUUUAUAAUAGCCGCUGCGGUGCUGGCUAUAUGUAAAGCAGCAUCACCACAACUUCGUUUCGCUUGGAAGCAAGUAGAUUACGCCUGGGACGCACCCGCUGACAGGGAAAAUGCUAUUAAAGCCGGCCAAUUUGUACAAGAACAUAACUUAAUUCUUGGUUUGGCGAGAUGGAAAAACAAGCUGUUCAUCACCGUCCCAAGGUGGAAGAACGGCGUGGCUUCCUCGCUAAACUAUGUGGAUGUAGAUGGGGCUCAAGACCAAAUUUUGAAGCCGUAUCCUUCAUUGAAGGACAACUUGGUCCCAGAUGACGCGAAAGAGCUCCCUUCCAAUAGCUCUAUAAUCUCCGUGUUCCGGGUGUAUGUCGACCCCUGUGACAGACUAUGGGUUAUGGAUUCGGGAUUGGCUGAUAUUUUUGGUGCCGGUAACCAAAUUGCGGGACCGUCUCUAGUGGUGUUCGAUUUGAACACCGACCAGCUUCUUCAUAGAUAUUUCUUCAAAGUCACCGAUAUGAAGGAGGAUUCGUUCUUCGCCAACAUCGUAGUAGACGUAGACAAGGACACAUGCGACAACGCGUUCGCAUACAUCCCGGACCUAGGCGCGUACGGAGUGGUGGUCUACAGCCUAAAGCAGAAUGACUCCUGGCGCAUCUCGCACCACUACUUCCACUUCGAGCCUCUGGCUGGCCAGUACAAGGUUGGCGGCAUCGAGUUCCAGUGGACUGAUGGAGUUUUCGCGCUGGCUUUGUCUGAACCAAGGGAACACGGGUAUCGAACGAUGUUUUUCCACGCGUUCUCGAGCACGAAGGAGUUCUGCGUGUCAACCGAGCUGCUCCGUAACUACACACACAUCGAUAAGCACGAGGCAUUCCACGAUUUCAAGUUGCUUGGUGACCGCGGAGAACGCACGCAGUCCUCAGCCAGCUUCUACGACCCUAAGACAAGUGUUCUCUUCUACACACAGGUGAACAGAGACGGUGUGGGAUGCUGGAACGUAAACAAGCCCUACACGCCGGAGACCAACCCUCUCCUCUUCAGCGACCCUAUCCUCUACGAGUUCCCCAACGACUUGAAGGUGGACGAUGAAGGCACCCUAUGGCUGCUCACUGACAAGCUGCCGCGAUUCCUGUACAAGUCGCUGGACCCCAACGAAGUCAAUUUCAGGAUAUUCAGCAUCAACACCACCGAAGCCAUCGCUGGCACCGCCUGUCAAUAAACGUAUUGUCAGUUGUACGAAUGUACUGUAAACUGGAGAAUGCCCAAAAUAAAUUGUUCUUUACCUUUCAGGCCGAAGUUCAAGAAUGACAAUGAUCAAAAAUGGCUCAUAAAGUGUUAACAUAAAUUAUUAUAGGUAUGAACCAUGCCUGAAAAAGGUUUAGUUGCCAUUAGGUACACUCUUCUCAUUACGUUCUACUUAAGAGUGAUGUCUUACCAAUAUUUUUCCCUAAAGUGAGGAGGUAAGACCAAUGAAAUAAAACCGUCUGAUAUCGUUCUUCUCUCAGCAGCCUCAAAUUUUGUAAAAUAUGUAAUUAGGUAUUGCUUUAAUUGGCUACCUAUUUAAUAAUUUCUUUAUCUGCUUUAGAGCAAAGUAUUUUACUUGUGCAUAUGUUAUAAGCUUAUAAGCAGUGAUCGUACGGUGCACGAAGUGUUGUUAACGGAAUUGGUAUAAAUAAUUUCAACCCUAAUGAUUAAUUAGCGUUUAUUACGUUGAUUUACCAUUAACUUAAUUAACCAUUAACUUAAUUUACCAUUUCAGUUGAAAUUAUCUAUACCAAUUCCGUUAACACCACGCGAAUCGAUUUGGUGCAGCGGAGUGGUGUUAACGGAAUUGGUAUAAAUAAUUUCAACCUUAAUGAUUAAUUAGCGUUAAUUACUUUAAUAUUAACCUUAAAUUACCAUUUCAGUUGAAAUUAUCUAUACCAAUUCCGUUAACAUCACUCUGCUGCACCAAAAAUGCUGGAAAAUGUACGAUCACUGGACUUAUAAGCUAUUAAGGUAGUUUUGAUCUCGAUACCUACCAUCUAAAUUGAAAUGGAAACAAAUUAAUGAUUAGGUAUGUCUUUUUGUUAUGGCUGAUGAAGUCGAAAAAUCGAUCUAACGAGAUUUAUUUUGUAGGAAAGAUGGUGUCGUUCAAAUAUUUUCAUUGUAUUAAGACAAAGUGAAAAAGUAUAGCGACAAUCUUUUACGUCUACUUUGAAACAUAUUUACUUAAAUAUGUGAGUCAGUACUUAAAUUGGUGUGAAUUUUCACAUUUAUUAAUUUGUAUUUUGACUAUUGUGUAACGUAUUUACUUGUUUAGAGCAUGACGUUUUAUUUGUUUAUACUUAAAUAGCCCGUGACAUUACACAAAUAGGUAAUUGUUAUUAUUUUGAUUUCAGUUGUUACAAAACUCAUAAUUUACGUAGGUAUAACAUAAUUAAAUUAAGUAGCAUAGUACAAAUAAAGUCGUUAUGAUAAA